CAGUACCGCACGCAACCGCCAGAGUCGCCAUAGAGUCCACGCUUGCCCAGCUAAAAAGAUGUGAAAAUGGCGGAGCUACAAAUGCUUCUGGAGGAGGAAAUUCCAGCGGGACGAAGCGCUCUGCUGGAUAGUUUUACCAAUUUGGAACGAGUCGCCGAGUAUUGCGAGAACAACUAUGUCCAGUCUCCAGACAAGCAGCGAGCGCUGGAGGAGACCAAGAACUACACCACCCAGUCCCUGGCCAGCGUGGCAUACCUGAUCAACACGCUGGCCAACAAUGUCCUGCAGAUGCUGGACAUCCAGGCUUCGCAGCUCCGCCGCAUGGAGUCUUCCAUCAACCACAUCUCUCAGACGGUGGAUAUUCACAAGGAGAAGGUGGCCAGACGGGAGAUCGGCAUCCUGACCACUAAUAAGAACACGUCACGCACGCACAAGAUCAUCGCCCCCGCCAAUCCGGAGAGGCCCGUGCGCUACAUCCGCAAGCCCAUCGAUUACAGCCUGCUGGAUGACAUGGGACACGGAGUCAAGUGGUUGCAAAGGUUUAAGGCCAGCGCUCAGAGCAUGAAAGCAGGAGGAGGCGGACUCCCUCGCACGAACCCCCCGACACAGAAGCCCCCCAGCCCACCCGUCAGCGGGAAGGGGACCCUUGGGCGGCACUCCCCCUAUAGGACGCUUGAACCGGUGCGUCCUCCUGUUGUCCCUAACGACUACGUCUCGAGCCCGACGCGCAACUCGGCGCAUCCCCUGCAGAGCCCAGCACGCACUGCGUCGGUUAAUCAGAGGAACCGCACGUACAGCAGCGGCAGCAGCGGAGGCAGCCACCCCAGCAGCAGUCGCAGCAGCAGCCGGGAGAACAGCGGCAGCGGAAGCGUGGGAGUGCCAAUUGCCGUGCCAACCCCGGCCCCGCCCACCGCCUUUCCAGCCCCAGCUCCAUCCAACACAACUAAGCAAACGCCCAACACUACCACCACCCCUGGCCCUCUGCCCGCUGUUCUCGAUGGUCCCCACCAGGCCUCUAACCCUUCUGUUGAGAUCCCGCAUGUACCCCCGCCCCCUCCCCAGCUCCCCACUUCCACAGCCCUCACUGGCACCGGAGCCGCCACUUGCGGCAACCCCGCACAAGGUGCGCCUCAGUUUUUCAGCAUGAACCGCCCGGCGCAGCCGCCUCAGAACGCCCACGUGGGGGGGUCACUGCCUUACCGCCGGCCCUCAUCUGUAACUGGGCAGCCUAACGUGGCCCCCAACCAGAACCAGCUCAACGGGGGGCCACACUUUGCCCAGAAUCAAGGACCGCUUGCGCCCCCUCCCCCUUCCAUGCAGAUCACCCCUCAGCUGCCCCUGAUGGGCUUUGUGGCCCGGGUUCAGGAGACCAUAUCAGACGUGCCGCCCCCGCCCCCGGACGAGCCGGUGUUCGAGGAGCCGACACCUCCCCCUCCCCCACCGGAGGACUACGACGACGAUGAAGACGAUGAGGAGUCGGCGGUGGUGGAGUACAGCGACCCGUACGCAGAAGAGGACCCGCCCUGGGCGCCACGCACCUACAUGGAGAAAGUGGUGGCCAUCUACGACUACACCCGCGACAAAGAGGAUGAGUUGUCGUUCCAGGAGGGCGCCAUCAUCUACGUGAUCAAGAAGAACGACGACGGCUGGUUCGAGGGCGUGAUGAACGGCACCACGGGCCUCUUCCCCGGAAAUUACGUGGAGUCCAUCAUGCACUACGCUGACUGAGCACCGCCCCCUCGAGGAGCAGGUAGCGAAUGGAGGAGGAGGAGAGGACGAGGAGGAGAGGACGAGGCUAAAAGGUCAAAGACUUUGAAUGGACAGAGCAUGAUCACCUCUGGGAUGGCACAUAAGACAAGAAAGCGGACGCCGUCGUCGCCACGUGAAAACCACUACUUUUCCCCCCGCCGACUUUGUGUUGCGUUCAAGUUGCUCUCAUUUUGAUAACACGCCAUCAUAUUUAUUUUUAGGAAGAUUUCCCCCGUCGCAGCUUUACGAGAAGGCAAAAGCAUUCCACUCGACAUUUCUCCCCGGACGAGCGGGAAACGCAACCGUAGCGAUGACACGUGGUCACGUGACACACGCCACAUGGAGGCGGGUCAGAGAAAGUGCUGGAUUUCCGAUUCGAGUUUUGCUUCUGGAAGGUAACAUGACCCUCAAAGCAGUUACAUGAUCCAUGACAUGUUUGGACACAUAGGAAACAAUAUUUAACCCCAACAAUAUUAAUUAAUAUUAAUAACAAUAUUAAUAAGACGUUGUGAUAUUCUGGUCCGUCUGUGUCAGUAGUCACUAUAAUGUUAGGUGAGACACACAAGCACCAGUUGCAACCGCCGGAACAACAGGCUUUUAUCAUAGGUUUGAAUUAUCUCACAACAAGCACAAUAAAACUCUACAGCUGACACCCCCCCCCCCCAGCACCAGAACACUUUUACAGCAACACACAUACCAGCACAAGUCUUAUUUUGCUCAUUAAGUAUAUUAUAUCGGGUAUUAGGAGUGUAAAGGUGACUAUAGGGGUGUUAGUCCUUGUCUAGAGGGCUCUAAUAAUGUUAAAAACCGUAUUUAACCCAAUCGUACAAAGCAAUGAUUGCUUCAGUAAACAGAAAGCCCAGCACAGAUUCCUCUCGGAAAAUAUGCAGCGCACUUGAACGCCUCAUGAGAGCACAGCGCCACGCUUGAAAGGCUGGAAUCUGUCUAUAGUGUCCCAACUCUUAAAGAACCACGAUCCAAGUCGCCCAACACGUAGCCAAGACAUAUUUUGUGCGAAGGAAAUCCUAUGAAAGCCAAGGUUCCAAUGAGAAUGUGAACUCGAUGCAAUAAGUCAGCAUUUCCUUUGUGUCCAGGCUUUUGGUCACCUGAUGGGAAAGGUCGCUGGGUUGCGGUGUUUUGUUUUUUUUUUUUCUCCCUUUCCUUUGGGUUUGGUGUUCCUGAAAUGAAUUUCCAGAGUGGUACGUGUCGUCUUGAAGGAAGAAGAAUUUAAAAAAAAAUAACGUCUUAAUAUUUUUAGACAUGGUGUGACUUAAAAAAAAAAAAAAAAAAAUUUCAUAUGCAUCAUUUCAAAGUCACGUGUGCCAUAUGGGAGGCGUGUUUCCGGGCUUUUUUUUUUUUUUUUUAAACCGAAAAGCACACGCAUUUGUGAUGAAAUAUAGACGAAUGAAGAUGAUUGACAGGUGUCGAGUCCUCCAGGCGGGAUUUCUUGGUGUUGAAUUUGGUUUUAACCCUGGCAAAGCCUCCAAUCAGCAGUUUUAGGGGUGCAUCAUCUCAAAUAUGCUUGGCUGUUGUCCGCUAUCAGUAAGACCAGAAACUUUAUUUUCCAGAAAGAAAAAAAAAAAAAAACAAUUCCAGUGGGUCUGUAUUUGAGUCUUGCAUGCCAUUGUUAUCUGUGCUGUCCCCCAGAACCUCGAGAGAGACUCAGUUCUGACCCCGCCCUCAUCCAAAGAGAUUGUUCAGGUGCUUUCUAGCCUGCGGGGAAGAGAUGAGUUGUCUCGUAGCGUCAUUGUUGUCAGCAGGCGGUCAUGUGACAAGUCCAUAACGCCAUUGUGUUGCACAUUUGAAGUGGAAUUGCAGAAGUAUCAUAUUUGUAAAAAUCCAGAGAACAAAGACAAUAAAGAUAUAAGAUUGA